CUGCAUAUUUUUUUUUCAACUUUCUCUCUUAUUUUAUUACAAUAAUGGGUCGACGACAACGCAAUAAACAAGGAGCACCCGCUCCAGUGGACGGAUUUCCCAAAAACAAAAAAAACGGUGCCAAAAACAAAAAGAACGACAAACGUAAACGGGAUCACGCCGACGAUGACGCAGUAGUAGUAAAAAAGCAAAAAGUGGUAGUCGACAAGAAGAAAAAGAAGCCAGUAGUCGAGAGUGAAGAGGAAGAAGAAGAUCUGGAAUUCUUGGCCGAGGCCAAUGGUGACGUUGCUGAGGGCGACGAUCUUUGGGAUAAUGUUGAACCUGCCACAGACGACGACGAUGAGGACGACGAAUUACUUGACGAUGAAUUUGAUCUCGAAGGAGAAGACGAUGGCAAACCUAUCUAUGCCAAGUCAGAUACCAAUUUCCUCGGCUCCGACGAUUCUGAUGAAGAAGAACAGGAUGAAGAGGACGAGGACGAGGAUGAAGACAGUGAAGAGGAUGAAUUUGUUGCCGAGUUUGAAGGUUUGGAUGAAAAGAAAUCACGUAAAAUCGAAGCACGCAAGGCACGAGAAGCAGCUGCUGCUCAGGCCGAAUUGAUGGAUGCUGCUAUGCAAACCAACAUUGCCGAGGAGGGUGAAAGAUUUGAGCUUCCCGAAGGCGAAGAAGAGGAACUUACUGCAGAUGUGACCCUCGUUAAUCAGCGCAUCCAGGAGCUUGUCAACGUACUCAAUAAUUUUAAAACCUUGCGUGAUCCCAGCAAAUCACGACAAGACUACACUGAUCGUUUAAUCAAGGAUAUUGCACACUACUACGGCUACUCUCAAUUCUUGGCUGAAAAGCUGUUCAAUCUCUUCUCGGUAUCCGAAGCCAUUGAAUUUUUUGAAGCAAACGAAGUUCCUCGACCUGUCACCAUCCGUACAAACACGCUCCGGACCCGUCGUCGUGAUCUUGCACAAGCCUUGAUCAAUCGUGGUGUCAACCUCGAUCCUAUCGGCAAAUGGAGCAAGGUUGGUCUCCAAGUCUUUGAUUCACAAGUACCUAUCGGUGCUACGCCCGAAUACUUGUCAGGCCACUACAUCUUGCAAGCUGCCUCCUCCUUUUUACCCGUUAUGGCAUUGGCACCUCAAGAGAACGAACGGGUGCUUGAUAUGGCAUCUUCUCCCGGUGGUAAAACGACGUACAUUGCGGCAUUACAAAAGAACACGGGUAUUGUGUUUGCCAACGAUUUCAACAAGGAGCGUUUGAAGAGUUUGACAGCCAAUAUUCAUCGUUUGGGCGUCAAGAACGCCGUUGUAUGUAACUAUGAUGGUCGUGAAUUUCCCAAGGUCAUUGGCGGUUUUGAUCGUGUCUUGCUCGAUGCGCCUUGUUCCGGUACUGGCGUUAUUUCUAAGGAUGCCAGCGUCAAGUUGAACAAGACCGAAAAGGAUUUCAUCGACAUUCCUUUCUUGCAAAAGCAAUUGAUCCUUAGUGCCAUUGACUCUGUGGAUGCACGAUCCAAGACCGGCGGCUAUAUCGUUUACUCUACUUGUUCCGUCACUGUCGAAGAAAACGAGGCUGUGGUCAAUUAUGCACUCAAAAAGCGACCCAACGUCAAGCUGGUUUCUACUGGUUUGGAUUUCGGUCGGGAAGGUUUUUGCUCGUUCCGUGGCCAGUCUUUCCACCCGACUGUCAAGCUGACCCGUCGAUUCUACCCACACGUACACAACAUGGAUGGUUUCUAUGUCGCCAAGUUUAAGAAGGUUAGCAACAAGUUCGAUGCUGGAAAGGAUGAUGAGCCCAGCAAUAAGAAGAAGCAAGAUAAGGAUGCCAAGAAGGAGCAAGAAAUCACAUUCAACGAUGAGGAAGAUGCCAAGUAUAUUGAAGAAUCCAAGGCAAAGCAACGCAAGAAGAAGGCCAGAAACUAAGUCGUCUUUUUUUUCGUGUUUCCUCUAUUUCAAUUUUUUUUUUCAAUACGCAUAAUUCAUCACAUAUUGCUCGCAAAUAACUGUACUUGUCGAAACUCUAACGCAUCAGGUUGUAUGAACACUUCCUGAUUAAACCCCAUUAUAUUAUUGUAUACAUUCAGUAGAACUGCAUUCCAUUAAAAAAGCAAUUUAAAAACAAAGCAAUUUAAAAAC